CCGGCGAGGAACGCCCCGAGCGCGCGCCCGGCGGGUAGCGGCCCCACGACCCGCGCCGCCGCCGCCGCCACCGCCGCGUGCGGGGGCGGGGAGGGCGGGGCGCGAGGAGCCCCGGCGGGCGAUGCGGGCGGCUGCGGGCACCCGGCGGGCUCGGCUCGGCCGCCGCCGCCUUCUCCGGCUCCGCCGCGGGGGUCGCAGCGGCCGCCGCGCCGUCCUCGAACUCCCGGCGUGAGGAGGCGGCGGGCGGAGAGAAGCAUCGCGCUCGAGGCGGAGACCCACAGGGAGCCCCGCGCGCGGCCUCGGAGAACAUCUGGCAGUGUCUGGAGACGUGUUUGAUCGUCACAGCCGGUCAGGAGGUGAUACUGGCAUCUAGUGAGUUCAAGUACAGUGCACAGGACAGCCUCCAGGAACAAAGAAUUAUCUGGCCCAAAAUGUCAAUAGAGCCAAAGCUCACUGCUAUGGACAGUGCCAUCACCCUGUGGCAGUUCCUCCUGCAGCUCCUCCAGGAGCCUCAGAACAAACACAUGAUCAGCUGGACAUCCAAUGACGGGGAGUUCAAGCUCCUGCAGGCAGAAGAGGUGGCUCGUCUCUGGGGGAUUCGUAAGAACAAGCCCAACAUGAAUUACGACAAACUCAGCCGAGCCCUCCGAUACUAUUAUGUAAAGAAUAUCAUUAAAAAAGUGAAUGGUCAGAAGUUUGUGUACAAGUUUGUCUCUUACCCAGAGAUUUUGAAAAUGGACCCAAUGACAGUGGGCAGGAUUGAGGGAGACGGCGAAGCCGGAGGCUGCGGCGAAGUCACCGGCGGCUCCAGGGACGCAGAGAUCGGGGGCCGAGAGAGGCCACCUCCGCCUGGUGUCAGGACCUCCAGCCGCAACGACUACAUACACUCUGGCUUGUAUUCUUCAUUUACUCUCAACUCUCUCAACUCCUCCAACAAGAGGCUUUUCAAACCGAUCAAGAUUGAGAAUCCAGCCGAGAAGCUGGCGGAGAGAAGACCCCCGCAGGAGCCCACGCCGUCUGUCAUCAGAUUCGUAACAACGCCUUCCAAAAAGCUGCCCGCCGAACCUGUCGCCGCGCUGCUGUCGGCCGGCCCGAGCGUUUCUCCAUCUUCGGAAGAAGCGCUCCAGGCCUUGGAGACCCUGGCUUCCCCCAGACUGCCUUCCCUGGAGGCCCCGACCUCCGCCUGUGGCCUGACAACCGCGUUGGCGCCCCCGCCUGAUGCGUCCGCACUGCCUUCUGUGCAGGAUGCUCCUGGAACGCCUUCGCCGCCGCCGAGCCCUAACCCUGACAUUGACACAGACAUCGACUCCGUGGCUUCUCAGCCCAUGGAACUUCCAGAGAACUUGUCGCUGGAGCCUAAAGACCAGGAUUCAGCUUUGCUGGAAAAGGACAAAACAAGUAAUUCCUCAAGAUCCAAGAAACCCAAAGGGUUAGAGCUGGCACCCAUCCUGGUGAUCACGGGCAGUGACCCGAGCCCGCUGGGAAUACUGAGCCCGUCCCUCCCCACGGCUUCACUCACACCAGCGCUCUUCUCCCAGACGCCCAUCUUGCUGACGCCGAGCCCCCUGCUGUCCAGCAUCCACUUCUGGAGCACUCUCAGCCCCGUCGCCCCCCUGAGCCCAGCCAGACUGCAAGGUGCUAACACGCUCUUCCAGUUUCCUUCUGUACUGAACAGUCAUGGACCGUUCACUGUGUCUGGCCUGGAUGGACCACCCACCCCUGGCCCGUUUUCCCCAGAUCUACAGAAAACAUAACCUAUGCAUUUGUGGAAUGAGAGAACCAAGGAAUAAAGAAACAAAGACUUUCAACAUGA